GCACGCCUCCGUCCCCGCCCCCCAGCCCGUCGUCGUCUCUCUCCAACUCCAUCGUCACCCGCGCCGCCUACGCCUGCUGCGUCCCGGAUAGCCCCGCGGCGCCGUCCGACCACGAAUCCGGAAUCCCCUCCUCGCUCGCCCUCCUGCUUGAUCCCGCCGCGGCCGCCUCAGCCGCCACUCCUCCCUGUCCCUCUAGGGCUGCCCUGCCGCUCCCUCGUAUCGCGCAAUCGGAGGCCUCUCCUUCCGCCCUCCAAUGUGAGUUCCUCCCCCUUCCAGCUACUCCACUGCCUCAUUUUCGGCUCCCUGCUCUCCUCUUCCGUAAUUAGAAUGUUCGAUGCCCUAUCACCCCUAAUCCCCUAUGCGCACUUCAAUCUCGAAUGUAUCAGUUUAUCGCAGCAGACACUUCAAUCUCGAAUGUAUCAGUUUAUCGCAGCAGGCAGAUGGCGCCGCAGUCCCGGUUGCUGCCGCCGCUGUUGCAGGUUCUUCGCCGCUGCCGCGCAUCGCGCUCCCACUUCUCUACCGCCCCCUCUCUUGUCUCGCCACCAUCCAAGGCCGUGGUCUACGACGAGCAUGGCCUGCCCGAGCAGGUGCUGAGGCUGGUGGACGUACCACCGGCGGAGAUCGGUGACCGCGACGUCUGCGUCAGGAUGAUGGCUGCCCCCAUCAACCCCUCGGACAUCAACCGCAUCGAGGGCGUCUACCCCGUCAGGCCCCCGCUCCCCGCCGCCGUCGGAGGCUACGAGGGCGUGGGCCAGGUCCACGCCCUCGGCCCUGCUGUCACCGCCCGGCUGUCACCGGGCGACUGGGUCAUACCGUCCCCGCCAUCGUUCGGGACCUGGCAGACGUACAUUACCAAGCAUGAGAACGUCUGGCACAAGGUCCGCAGCGAUGUACCCAUGGAGUACGCUGCCACUAUCACCGUCAACCCAUUGACCGCACUUAGGAUGCUCCAAGACUUUGUAAAACUCAAUCCUGGUGAUGCCAUAGUCCAGAAUGGCGCUACCAGCAUUGUUGGCCAGUGUGUUAUUCAGCUUGCCAAAGUACAUGGAAUCCACACCAUCAACAUUAUAAGGGACAGGCCUGGGUCAGAGGAAGCAAAAAACAAACUCAAACAACUUGGUGCAGAUGAGGUGUUCACAGAAACUCAGCUAGACAUGAAGAAUGUCAAGAGCUUGCUGGGUGCUUUGCCAGAGCCUGCAUUAGGAUUUAACUGUGUUGGAGGAAAUGCUGCUUCUCUAAUACUCAAGCUUUUGAAGCAAGGAGGCACCAUGGUGACAUAUGGUGGAAUGUCCAAGAGACCUGUCACUGUCCCUACUUCAUAUUUCAUUUUUAAGGAUCUAUCCCUACGAGGGUUCUGGCUCCAGAAGUGGCUGAACUCAGACAAAACAGAAGACUGCAGAAGAAUGAUUGACUACCUCUUGGGCCUUGUGCAUGAAGGCAAACUCAAAUACGAGAUGGAGUCCAUUUCUUUCGGCGAGUUCAGCUUGGCUCUGGAGAAGGCCCUGGGCAAACAUGGAAGCCAGCCGAAGCAAGUUAUCAAGUUCUGAGACCAGGGCGGGUUAGAGGAUCUGAGAGCAUGCGAUUGCCAUCGAUCUGUAUGAAUGAUGAAUCCAACAGUUAGCUAUGUCAAGUGCCAGAGUUUUAAAUACAAAUAAAGUAAAGGCAGCAAUGUUUAAUGGAAUUGUGAAAUCAGCAGCUUAGCUAUAUUUGAGCGCUGUGUUGAUUUUGCAAUGAAAUCAGCAGCUUAGCUAUAUGUCAAGUAAAGGGUGCGUCAAUUUCUAUUGCA